AUGAUAUAAAUAAAAGCAGUUUAAGCUCAAAAACAAAAAAGUAGGAACAACCUUAUAAUUUUUUGUUAUGAUAGUCAGAGAAAAUUACUUUUAGAAUUAAAACAAAUUUAAUAUAUAUAAUCUGUUUUAGCAGUAGUGCAUAUAUGCCAAAUCUAUUCAACUGAAUAAAACAAAGAUCAAUCUGAAUUAGAAUACUUGUUUACAAUAGAUUAAAUUUCAGCUGUUACUAAGAUGAUAGUUUGA